AUGGAGCUGCCCCAACCGGAGCCCGCGCCGGACCCGGCUCUCAGUCCGGCGGGAGUGCGGGGUGGUACCGAGCGUCCCAGCCACCUCCUGGGCCUCCAGCUGGGAGCUCAUGGCCUCGUGGGGUCCCCGGAGCGUGCGGCUGCUUCCUCGCCGGUCACCAGCCUGACCCAGACCAUGCACAACCUCGCGGGGCUCGGCAGUGAGACUCCAAAGCAUCAGGCAGGCAGCCUGCUCUCAUGCCUGUCCCUGUCCCGGCGGCGGGCAUCUGAAUCCUCCCUGUCCUCCCAGUCCUCUGAAUCUUCUGAUGCAGGUCUGUGUAUGGAUUCUCCCAGCCCCAUGGACCCCAAGAUGGCAGAGCGGACGUUUGAGCAGGCCAUCCAGGCAGCAAGCCGGGUCAUCCGAAACGAGCAGUUUGCCAUUCGACGUUUCCAGUCCCUGCCGGUGAGGCUUCUGGGCCAUAGCCCUGUGCUGCGGAACAUCACCAACUCCCAAGCACCUGGCCGCUGGAGGAAGAGUGAGGCGUGUGGCCGAGCUGCCCAAAGCUCUGAGGAGGACAAAGAGAAUGAUGGAUUUGUCUUCAAGAUGCCAUGGGAACCCCCACAUCCCAGCCAUGCCCAUGCUUUGGCAGAGUGGGCCGACCGCAGGGAAGCCUUUGCCCAGAGACCAAACUCAGCCCCUGACCUGAUGUGUCUCACCCCCGAGCAGAAGAUGGAAGUAGAGGAGCUGAGUCCCCCUGCCCGAGGCCGAUUCUCCCUGACUGCCACCGAGGGGGCCUCCGAGGAAGAUGAUGGAUUUGUGGACCUCCUGGAGAGCGACUUAAAGGAUGACAAGACAGUACCCCCAGGCAUGGAGAGCCUCAUUAGCGCCCCACUGGUCAAGACCUCAGAAAAGGAGGAGGAGCAGGACCUCAUCAUGUACAGCAAAUGCCAGCGGCUCUUCCGCUCUCCGUCCAUGCCCUGCAGCGUGAUCCGACCCAUCCUCAAGAGGCUGGAGCGGCCCCACGACAGGGACCUGCCCACACAGAACAAGCGCAGGAGGAGCGUGACCCCUCCAGAGGAGCAGCAGGAGGCCGAGGAACCUAAAGCCCGUGUCCUCCGCUCCAAGUCCUUGUGUCACGAUGAGAUUGAGACUAUCCUGGACAGUGACCACCGGGAACUGAUUGGGGAUUACUCCAAGGCUUUCCUUCUGCAGACUGUGGAUGGAAAGCACCAAGAUCUCAAGUACAUCUCACCAGAAACGAUGGCAGCCUUGCUGGUGGGCAAGUUCAGCAACAUCGUGGAGAGGUUUGUGAUUGUGGACUGCAGGUACCCCUACGAGUACGAAGGCGGGCACAUCAAGACUGCCGUGAACCUGCCCCUGGAACGGGAUGCUGAGACCUUCCUGCUGCAGAGCCCCAUCACACCCUGUAAUCUGGACAAGAGGAUCAUCCUCAUUUUCCACUGUGAAUUCUCAUCUGAGCGCGGUCCCCGCAUGUGCCGUUUCAUCAGAGAGCGCGACAGAGCUGCCAACGACUACCCCAGCCUCUACUAUCCUGAGAUGUAUAUCCUCAAGGGCGGCUAUAAGGAGUUCUUCCCCCAACACCCGACCUUCUGUGAGCCCCAGGACUAUCGGCCCAUGAACCACGAAGCCUUCAGGGAAGAGCUGAAGACUUUCCGCCUCAAGACCCGAAGCUGGGCUGGGGAGCGGAGCCGGCGGGAGCUCUGCAGCCGCCUGCAGGAUCAGUGA